UAGUAUAGAUAAACUCUUAAAUAGUUUAUUUUCCAUAAAAAAUAAAAUAAAAAAUAAAAAACAGAGUCUUAUAUCGUGACGGGCUUUUUUUUUGGAAAAAAAAACCGGAAGUGACCUCAGCUGUUGUGACUCUCUCGCCUUACCUACCAUUUCCUUAACUGUAAUUUCACCGUUACAAAAUUACUGGAUGGACAUUUUGCCACAGGAGCUCGACAGUGUGUUGAUAAAUUGUGUUACUAAUAACGAAAAUGGCUGCUGCGGUGUUACAGACGAGGAUAACCGCCAUAUUGGACGUGUUAACGAAAGCAGCAGUGGCGGAGAUUAGCCAGCUUAUUCAGGACGACAGCGCUGUGUAUCACCGGGAAAUGAAACGAAGGGAGGAUGAAAUUGAGGGACUGAAGAAACGGCUACAGGUCACCGAGAAAGAGCUGAAGAAAGUGCAGGCUACGGUGUUAGCCAGGUGUUCAGUCGGUGUGCAGGUCGAAACGCUGGCUACAGAUUUGAUGGCAUGCAGAAAAGAAUCGCUACCUGUGAACCAUGUGGAAACAUUCAAAAUGAGUUCAGCGCAAGAGCUCAAAGAAGAGAAACCACAGCUUCCUGACAAAACGUUGGCAUCUUCGCACCAUAUCGCAAAAGAACCCAGAGCUCCACUGGCAAAGCAAAGAGAUCCAAGGUCUGAUGAAGAUGAGUUCAGCAGCCUGGAAUUUGAAAUGAAAAUUGAGCAGGUGGAAGAGCUUGUGGAUCAGGAGCUGAGUUUUUCACGAGCAGAUUACAGCAUGGCAGAUCCAAACAUCCGGGAUCCAGAUCCUAGCUCUGAGCACAAAGCAGACCAGAGAGACACGCAUCUGUGGCCGUCCAUGGACGACAACGCAGCAAACGAGUUCUCCAUUCCUGAUGGCUGUAUCGGGUUAGAGCAGUAUGAGCAGAUUCCCACAGACCAGUGUCUGGCCCAGGUGAUGAAGGAUCCUCUGAACUUGCACCCUGACAACACGUCCAGUAAUAAACACGUUGAUUCGUUUGGUUCUGUACAUGUCAGGAUUGACAGAGAAAUGCACUUUGAAGGCAACAUCGCAAAAGACUCUGAAUAUGGACAGAUUAGAGACAGUCUGGGUCACGUCAAAGCAUCAAGGCCAACAAACAGCAACAAGCACAGACACUCGUUCAGUGCAGUGCCGCGCUCACAUGCACAUUCAUCCAGCAGUACUUUCUCAAUGCCGGACAUGGUUCCUAUGCGGCAAAACACACAAGCUAGCCAUGUCGGGUCAAAGCCCUUUCGUUGUGAGGAAUGCGGUAAAGGCUUUACCCAGAGGAUGAGACUGAUCACGCACAAGAGAAUACACACGGGUGAGAAGCCGUACCAUUGCCAGCUCUGUGGCAAGAUGUUUUCACGGCAGGAUAACUGCCUCAGGCAUGUACGCCUACACAGUGCACAAGGGUGGUAAAGAGGCACCUUUGAUUGUUGGAUUGUGUUUCUAAUAAUUAUAAAUACUGUAAUGAUAAGAGAUCUUUAUUUCCUGUAGAUCAUCACAAAAAAUUACUAUAUAUCUAGUGAACAAAAAGACUCUGCGUCCUCCAGUGGCUGGCUCUGGUUCAGUUUUUACCAUGCCCACAACUAGGUUUUUAGCUUUUCCCUAUAGUCGGAUUUUGAGCUUGAUCUUCGUGCGUUUUUAUUCUCUGUUUCAAAUUGAUAUUUUGUGAUACACACAACUAUGUGUUCUAAUCUCAAAGGCUUGUAAUAUACUUUAUUCAGGAGUAAUGCAGGGCUGUGUCCCAAACCACAUAAUGUGUAGUACGUAGGACAUGAUUGAUGUAUUGAAAAAAUAUUUUGUAAUUUUUAUAUAUAUAUAUAUAUAUAUAUAUAUUCAGGGGUUCUCAAACUUUUUACAUCCAGGAGCUUGCAUAGAACCUGCUGUACAAUAAUAUGCUUGAUAUUUAUUGGAGCUUUUUAUUCCUGAACCAACACAACACAUUAGUUCCUAGUUGACAUGAUUCAUAUUUGUUUUAUGAUUAUUCAGUUAUUAAAGUGAUCAACAGUAAUGGUGUGUUGUGAUUUCCACCACUGUAACACUAUAUAUAUAUAUAUAUAUAUAUAUAUAAUCAUGGACAACCUGAGUGUGCUUGACAGACCCCACUUGAUAUAUAGUAUACAGGUUUGGGACAAAGCCCAAGCCGGAGGGUGUAAUUAUCUGCUGACAUCAUCAUAGUUUUUCAGUAUUACAGAAUUAUGAAGAUGAAACCUGUACACUUCAUUGAGGUUGUCACAGUUGGCAAGUACUAGCUAAAACACAAGGCCUUGUUGAAAGGGAAAGGCUUUCUUUAAUUUUUCUAGAGUUAGGGUACUCGAUCCCAGACUCGGACUCAAGUCCGGACCCGAGUCCAAUUAUGAACGAACUCAGCUUUGUCAUGCACUCGGGUAAAUUUUUACUCAGAACUUGACAUGGACUCUGACAUUUUUCGAGUACCAUCGAGUCCGCGUCAUGUGUAACGUGAAAAGAGAGAUAAAAAUAAACAUACAUCAUAAAAUGAAGAUAACAAGAAAUUAAUAAAUGUCUCCCUGCCGGACCAGGGGCUUUCUGUGCGCACACAUCUGAAGCUUGCGCACAGAAAGCCGCCUCAUCGUGCGAGUAUCGAAUUGAGUUCUCUUUAGCGGCUUAUGCUUGGACGGUCAAAUAAAUACACACACAUAUCAUGUCAAAAUUCAGGUCUGGCCGAGAAUUCAUGCAAACACAGUUGAGGGAAAAAUCGGAGGUGUGUCAAUACAGUAUAUUGGAUCUGUGCAUUAUGUCUUAAUGUGACAGCAGCCUAAUAAACCUGCUGCUGUCUGUGUCAUUAAUGUUAAUCAAUGAACAAAAGACAAAGAGAAAAUCAUUCACUCAUUUUACUGAAUAACUUCAGUACAUUUAAUAAGAAUCACUGUAUAUUUUAUUUUAGAUUUAAUUGUUUUGUUCAAUUUCUGUGGUAUUUCUGACUUGAAUACUCCUGAGAAAACAUAUCAUUAUUGUGAAAUAAGAUUGUAGUUAUAUCGCCCAGCCCUAAACAUCAUUCCAGUCUUGAAUUUCACAUACAAUGUGAAAUGUACUUCUUAAUGUAGUAAAUAUCAUAAACCCUGCUGAUAGGGAUUUUUUUUUUUAGAAUUAAAAUGAAAAAAGUUGCAAGAACAGAGCUGUGUUCAGAAAUGAGUUUGUUGUCAUUAAUAGACAGAUUAAAAGCAGUAAUAAAGCAUGAAGCUUAUUGUUAUGACCUGCUGAGACUCAUCAAAUCAUUGAAAUAUAAACUCGAACUGGAGGACACAAUAUAGUGUGAUACAAUAACAAAACAGGUUCAUUUGUAUUUUCAUACAUUUGUAAUAUAAUAAAAGUUCUACAUAUACCUCUAUAUCC